CGUUCUCAGGUGUUGCUUCUUCUGCUCAACCUGAGUCAAGGGCAACAACUCCAAUCCGCCUGAGAAAAUGUCCGAAAAGGCACCAGCUAGUGUUGACCCCCACAAGGGUGCUGUCGACAUUCCUCACGUCUCCAGUGUUCUUGACGAGAAGGAAAUUUCAGUACAUGUUGGAGGUGCUGGAAGUCGCCAUGACAGCGACGACGAGGGCAUGGGACUUAAUCGGACUGCGCCCACCGACGAGGAGAUGUUAACGCUGCGCAGAGUAUCUGAUAAGAUUCCUUGGAUCACUUUCAGUAUUGCCUUUGUCGAACUUUGCGAGCGCUUCUCCUACUAUGGCACAAUCAACGUCUUUACCAAUUACAUUCAGCGACCACUUCCUGAGGGAUCGACAACUGGCGCUGGCGGAACCCACAGAACUGCCGGCGCCUUGGGCUUGGGUCAGCGUGCCUCCGCUGGAUUGACCAUGUUCAACCAGUUUUGGUCCUACAUUAUGCCGUUGGUCGGUGCUUAUGUUGCGGAUCAAUACCUUGGCCGCUUCAAAACCAUCAUGUGGUCUAUCGCUUGUGCCAUGGUUGGCCAUAUCAUUCUCAUUAUCUCUGCACUUCCACCAGUCAUUGCCAAAGGCCCCAGCGCACUGGCUGCGUUCGCUGUUGGCGUGGUCGUUAUGGGGAUCGGAACCGGAGGUUUCAAAUCCAAUAUCUCUCCUUUAAUUGCUGAGCAGUACAAGGAAAGCCACCCGUAUGUCACGACCACGAAAAAAGGGGAGCGGGUUAUUGUCGAUCCAGCAGCGACCAUUUCUCGUAUCUACCAUUAUUUUUACCUCAUGAUCAACAUCGGUGCCCUUGUUGGUCAGGUCUCCAUGGUUUAUGCGGAGAAAUAUGUUGGAUUUUACUUAUCUUUCCUCCUGCCGACAAUCAUGUUCUCCCUUUGCCCGCUCGUCUUGUUCCUGUGCCGCAAGGUAUAUGUCUUAACGCCACCACAAGGAUCUGUCUAUGGCAAAGCAUUGAAAGUGUGGGGGUUGGCUAUGAAGGGUCGGUGGUCGAUCAACCCCGUGAAGACUUAUCGCAACUUCCAGGAUCCCAACAUGUGGGAAGCAGCGAAGCCAAGCAAUAUUCCAAACAGACCAGCAUGGAUGAACUUUGACGAUGCCUGGGUUGAUGAAGUCCGACGUGGACUGUUGGCCUGCAAGGUCUUCCUCUGGUACCCUCUCUUCUGGCUUUCUUACAACCAAAUGACAAACAAUUUAACUUCCCAGGCUGCCACGAUGACCUUAAAUGGUGUCCCUAACGACGUUGUUAACAAUCUCAAUCCAUUUGCGCUCAUCCUCUUUAUCCCCAUUAUGGAUAGGAUUGUAUACCCAAUUCUGCGCAAGCUGGGUAUCAAGUUCACUCCUCUGAAGCGUAUUACAGCUGGCUUCUUUAUUGCUAGCUGCGCCAUGAUCGCCGCCACUGUGAUCCAAUAUCACAUUUAUAAAUUGGGCCCUUGUGGCAAGUACGCGAAUACAUGUGCGAAAGACAAUAUUCCGGCGCCAAUCACUGUCUGGGUUCAGGCUGUUCCUUACGUCUGCGGUGGUAUCUCCGAAAUCUUUGCGUCUGUCACAUCCCUCGAAUACGCCUUUACAAAAGCCCCGAAGAACAUGAGAUCAUUGGUCCAGGCUGUCGCGCUCUUCAUGAACGCUCUUUCUUCUGCAUUGGGCCAGGCCCUCGUCUCACUUGCUGAGGAUCCUCUCUUGAUCUGGAAUUACGGUGUCACAGCCUGCCUCACAUUUGCUGGUGGCAUCGGCUUCUGGCUUACCAACUACAAGAUUGAUAAAGAGGAGGACAAGCUUAACACUCUCCCAAAUGCACACUUCAAGGGACAAAAUAAUGAUGAAGAGAGGUAGUUUAGGGCUUGUGUAUAUUGGCGUCGAUUAUUGGACUCCUAUUAUCGAAAGACUAAUUUCUUUUUUCCCUUCCAGUCUCGCUGGGAAAGAUACCUAUUUAUUCAAGGUCUUUAUAAUCAGAUACCAGCUACGUAUAUAGCACAUUUCAAUGAAAUCUGUCGAUGAACAGUAAUAC